CAGCAAACGACGGACAUCUCUAUGUUCUCGGAAGACUCCGGAAUCUCUCGGUACUCGGAAGAAGAAAACCUCAAAUGAGUAGGGAGCAUACGCCAUUUCCAUUGUUAACAACGUCUUCUCUCCAGAUCCCCUAUCGGCAAUGGAAAUCAACGUUGCUCUCUUCUGCAACCUGACCUCAAAUCACAGAAUUCGGAAGAGCAAUUGGCCAGGUUUUUCCUGCUCCUCGAUCGGUGCCAAGACCGGAAAACGCAUAAAGAUCGAAUCUUUUUGCUGUCUUGAUCUGUUCGCCACGAGAAACGUCCGAUCUUGUGUCGUCGUCAGGUGUUCGUCCUCUCAGGAGAAUUGUCUGAGGCCGAAACCGCGGCCAAAACCGAAGCCGAUUGUUGAGCACGUCGACCGUGGCUCGAAUUUGGACGACACCUACUCUGCGAGCCCAGAUUCUUCUGCCUUCUUCGACCACAUAGAGAAGUUGGUCUUCUUCAAGAGGUAUGAGGAGGCUCUUGAAUUGUUUGAAAUUUUGCGGUCGGGGGGAAACCUCGUCGCCGUCCGGGCUAGCACCUACGAUUCUCUCGUCAGUGCGUGCAUCGGUGUCGGCUCGGUAAGGGAGGUGAAGACGGUAUUUCAGCAUAUGAUUGAGACUGGGUUUAAGUUUGAUCAGUAUAUGAGGAAUCGAGUCCUCGGGAUGCAUUUGAAAUGCGGUAUGAUGGUGGAUGCAAGGCACCUGUUUGACGAUAUGCCUGAAAGGAACAUCGUGUCAUGGAGUAUUAUGAUAUCAGGGCUGGUAGAGGUGGGUUCCUAUGAAGAGGCAUUUAAUCUGUUUUUUUUUAUGUGGGAAGAGGUAUCGGAUGCCAGUCCACGCAUGUUUGCAACUAUUAUCCGGGCAACUGCUGGUUUAGGCUUCAUUCUUGCUGGUAGGCAGUUCCAUUCAUGUGUUAUUAAGAUGGGAUUUUAUAAAAAUAUCUUCAUUUCUUGUGCUCUCAUUGAUAUGUAUAGUAAAUGUGGAUGCAUUGAAGAAGCUCAGUGGGUCUUUGAUGAGAUGCCUGAGAAGACGGUUGUAGGAUGGAACACUAUCAUAGCAGGGUAUGCUCUUCAUGGGUACAGUGAGAAAGCUUUGGAUAUGUACUAUGAGAUGUGCAGUGCUAAUGUUCAGAUGGACCAUUUUACUUACUCCAUUUUUUUCAGAAUAUGUGCUAGAUUAGGGUCUCUGGAACAUGCAAAGCAAGCACAUGCAGGUCUAGUCCGCAAUGGGUUCGGGUUGGAUAUAGUAGCAAACACUGCUCUCGUUGACUUGUACUGUAAAUGGGGCAGAAUGGAAGAUGCCAGGAAUGUUUUUGAGAAGAUGCCUCGCAGGAAUCUUCUAUCUUGGAAUGCUCUGAUAGGUGGAUAUGGCAACCAUGGCAUGGGAAUUGAGGCUGUCAAGAUGUAUGAGAAGAUGCGGGAGGAAGGGAUGGUCCCAGACCAUGUAACCUUUCUUGCCGUCUUAGGUGCAUGUAAUUAUUCUGGCUUGUUAGACAAGGGGAGGGAGAUUUUUGAGAUGAUGAGUCGAAAUCCAAGCACAAAACCACGAGCAAUGCACUAUGCUUGUAUGAUCGAAUUGUUUGGUCGAGAAGGACUAUUGGAUGAAGCUUAUGCUUUGAUAAAGAAUGCUCCUUUCAGGCCCACGAAGAACAUGUGGGCGGCUUUGCUGACGGCUUGUAGGAUCCACAAGAACUUGGAGCUUGGAAAAUUUGCAGCAGAACAACUUUUUGGUUUGGGACCUGAAAAAUUAAGUAAUUACAUUGUUCUUCUCAAUAUUUACAAUAGUUCUGGGAGGGUGGAUGAAGCUGCCAAGGUUGUGGAAGCCUUAAAAAGAAGGGGCAUUAGACUUCUUCCAGCUUGCAGUUGGAUUGAGAUUAAAAAACAGCCACACAAGUUCCUUUUUGGAGAUAAAUCUCACCCACAAAGCCUCAAAAUUUAUGAGAAACUAGAUUCCCUGACGAGUGAGAUUGUAGAACGUGGUUAUGUUCCUGAUUGGAAAUCUCUGCUUCCUGAUGUUGCAGACCAUGAACAAAAGAUGCUAACAUACCACAGUGAGAAGUUGGCGAUUGCUUUUGGGAUCAUCAGUACACCAGAUUUUACACCCCUCCAAGUCGUCCAAGGCCAUAGGAUCUGCAGUGAUUGCCAUACCGUCAUUAAGUUUCUGACAUUGAUUACAAAAAGGGAAAUUAUUGUGAGAGAUGCAAGCCGAUUUCACCAUUUCAGAUGUGGGAGUUGUUCAUGCGGGGAUUAUUGGUAACUGUACUUAUUCUGUCUUAGAAAACAGGUACGAUGCGAGGGAUGUAGACAUCUUAUUUAUGUUCUGCCGAUUAGGGCUGAAGACAGUAGUUCUCCUUGUGCUUCACAUGAUUUGCCAUUCAUAUUUUUUGAACCACAGCCUAAAUAAUGUUGUACAUUGACCAAUUGAAGAAUCUCAAAUUUCCCAUCUAAUAAAUUCCAGUGUAUCUUAGUUAUAUUAACCUUGACUGCAUUAACGUGUUUAUUUUUCUGGUUCUGAUGAGAGUACCAUUACUCAUGGAUGGGCCUUCGGUAUUGAUAUUUUAUAGUUUGCAUGUCAAACCAGUUGAUGUGCACAUACAGUUUGGUCUUUUCCCUCCUUAUAGUGAGGUUACUUGUUGUGAAAAGUCAGUCUUAAAUCUUUUUAUUCUUCACCUUCUGCCUCAAUUGCAAUAUUUCUGUAUACAUUCAUGUGAUUGGACGGAGCUUAUUCCUUAAAGGCCAAUUCUUUGGUGCUUACUCAAAUUCUGAAGUGGAUACGUAGCAUUGUUUGGAACAGGUAAACAUCACUGGUUCUGUUUUCGAGAAUUUGAAAUGCUUUGAUGACUAUCAAGUUGUACAUAUCUUUCAGGACAUUAAUGAUCCAAUUUUAUGCCCAAUUUUACUAAGUGCACUGGCUGUUAAGAGUUCUUCAGGAAAUCUGUGAGCUUCCUGAUGGUUUCGUGCAACUGUUUGUAGCUGAUGCAGAUGGUCACUUUGCUUAAUGGGCAAUUCUAGCUGCUGGAUUCAUAAUGCUGAUCACCGGAGCGAUGGCUAAUUCCAAGUCAAAAUGCCUCUUGCGGGCUUUUCUCACUACCAUAUAUUCAUGGAAGGAAUCUUGUGCUUCAUUCAUGGUGUGUUCUGUGCUGCAUGCUCUGUUGCUGUGAUUGCCAUGUUGUUGGAAGCUGCUGAAAGAUUUGUUGUCCAUCAGGGUAUCUUGUGCUUCAUUCAUGGUGUGUUCUGUGCUGCAUACUCUGUCCACAUUGUUGGAAGCUGAAAGAUUUGUUGUCUUUCGGGGGAAUCUUGCGCUUCAACCAUGGUGUGUUCUGUGCUGCAUACUGUCACUGUGACUGCCACAUUGUCGGAAGUUGAAGUAUUUGCAAUCCAUCGGGGGAAUCUUGCACCUCAUUCAUGGUGUGUUCUACGCCCGUCACAUCAUCGGAAGUUGCAAGGAAGGCGAUGGGGGAUGUUGCCGCUGAUGCCGGAUGAUCCCUAAAAACUUUUCGUUGUCUGCAAAUAAUAAUGAUUCUAAUGCAACAAUGUUGUCUAGUCUUGCAAUCUAUGACUUACUGUUUGUUUUCCUGAUCUUGUCAAGGAUGAAGGAUAUGUUAUUAUGGUGACUAUAUUGUUAGUUUUGUUACCAUUUAUCCAAAAGUUUAAGCUUA